GAGCAAAAUCCCAAGAUUUACAAAUUUUUCAAUGUUGAUAGCCACGAUUUUAUUUAUUGGAAUGGUGGUUUGAUGUCCUGAUGGAACAUUUGAAUACAAUAAAGGAUGCAUGCCAUGAGAUAGCUCAUGUAAGACAUGCUCUAGUAACACUACCUGCGAUACUUGCGAACCUUUCAUGAGAUUUGAUUCAGCCACUUCGUUAUGUACACACUGAGCUGAUGGAGAAUAUUAUGACGAUACAUAUCUAAUCUGUAGAAGUUGUCCUUCCACAUGCACAGGAAAAUGUAAUUAUAGAGAAACUUGUCUCUCUUGUGUUGCUGGUGAGAGCUUAGAUCUUGAUACCCUUACAUGUAUCAGUGAUUGUGCUGCUUCUCAGAUAAAGUUGGAGGGAAACAAUCUAUCUAUUGAUAGUGCAUGCAGAACUUUGGCUUACUACAUUGAUCAACAUAGCGAUGAGUUAUUGGAAUUGGGUACAAAAGAUUACCCAUAUAGAACAAUGAAAUCGGUUAGUUCAGAGAUACUCAACUUCAUGUCUCACAAAGAAGUUGACAUCACUAUAUACCUCAAAGAUGAUGUGUACAUGGAGGACAAUACUCUACUGAUAGUAAACAUGACUGGAGUUAACAUCACAACACAUCCUGAUGUUCUCUCACUCAGCAAACGUUCAAGGCUGAUCCCUUCAAAAUUCCCUCAGCCUGGUGUAAGUCAGAAGGCUAGAUUCCAUCUCCUCAAAACAGCUGAUUUGCCCUACCAGGAUGCUUUAGACGCCGGAAAUUUCACAGCUACAGAAUUAAGCCAAGCCAGUACUCCUACGAGCAUAAUGGUGAUCCGGUCAGGAAUCGCCUUCUCCUCUAUAGAUCUCUACAGAGAAGAGGUAGAUUACAAUGAGAAUAUCCUAUUUGCUAGAGGGCUUUAUCUGCAGAACAAAACUUGUAGUUUUAGCGAUAUGCUCAUUAAUAUAACAGGAGUUUUCUGGGAGUCAUAUGAUCCGUACAAUGUAUAUAUCAGGAAUCUUGAAAUUGAUACAUACAGCUUGUGGAAUAUGUUCUAUGUGAGAAUGCUUUGCAACUACCCUGAAGCAUAUAAAACUCCAACUGUAGAUAUUGACGGAUUCCAUUUAUUUACGUCAACAGAUAGAACGAUUCCAAGAAAUCCUCUAGGAUUUGGAGCUAAUAUACCUGGAAAUUGGACCAUAAAAAAUUUGAUUGCUGAAGAUUUCUAUUGCCAAACUACUGCCCUUGCUGCAACGUUUUAUUACACAUUUCAAGACGUGUGAAUCCCUGAAGAUGAUCUGCCUCAAUAUGGGCAUUUUGAGAAUUUCAGGAUAGCUGUUGAUAACAAAUAUGGAGAUAGAUUCAACUUGGUUGCUUCGGAUAUGACAAAUCCACACUACAGGAAGACAUAUCAGAAAUAUAUAAAUAUGCACACUCACAACUUUCACCAAACAACAUUCAUCCCAAUGUUUUUCAAUGGAAGCCCACUUGAUGAAUUCGAAAUGAUUGGAUAUAAUUUCUACAACUCUUCUCUCCUCACUGAUCUUUUUGUCGUCUCAGGCUUCUCCAAAGCAGUCAUGGGCACUAUUGACUCAGAUCAAGGUUUAUUUCAAAAUAUUACUUCUUUUUCAGGCAACCUAAUGACUUUUGCUUCUGUAGGAUCAAUAGAUAUCAAAAAUAUCAAGAUCUCAAACUAUACUGGAGGACUUGCUGAAAGUAUGUCUUUUAUAUCUCUUCUCAAUAGUGCAGAUACCCCAACUGCAAUCGAAGGUAUUGAAGUGGAGCAAUCAAACUUCUUCAAUGGUGGGAUCAUCACUAUUCAGACAGAUUUGGAUAAAGUAGAGAUAAAGGAUAUCUCAAUCUCUAGUAGUACUAUGCGAUCUGGAAUAGCUCUUUUCCAGAUCAACACUAUACGUUGUAUGCUAGUAUCCAAUAUUCUAGUGAGUAACCUUCAUGCAAGCCUAUCAGAAGAUGAACUCUCUACUAUUUUCAGAGUUACUGCUUUCGAUCUUCAAGGAGACCUCAAUUCAACUGUUGAUACAUUCUUGGCAAGCGGGUUAGGAGUAUCCCUAUUAAAAUUUGGAUCACUGGUGAAUGAAAAUAGUAACUCGAAAGAAUUAGAAUUUAAGGAUUUUACUGUGAAAGAUUCUGUGGUGUCAAGUUCAAGAUCUAUUAUCUCAACUGAAAACCUCGAAACCACCUCCAACUUCCACCUGAUCCUGACUAACCUCCAAACCUCAAACAUCACUUUCUCCAGCACGGGAGAUCUCCUUCUCUUCAACCAUGCUCUCCUCCUCCCAAUCACCAUUCAAGAUUCUACCUUCACCAGUCUUCGAUCAGCUGCCAUUUCCAUUGUCAGCUCUCGGUCAACAGCUGGAUUGACAAACUCAGUUGUAUUCGACAACUGUUCCUUCACUGAGAUCUAUUCACCUGCGCUGUCGCUCAUAAAAGUCUCUGAAGAAUCAAUUGCUUCCUUCACAAGGAGCAAUUUCUUCAGAGUCUCAGUAGGAUUUGACGUCUCUGGAAUUAUAGAAGUCACUGAGAACGCAGUGGUCAGGUUCAGAGAGACCAACUUUACAGAGAACUCAGCAGUGGUAGCCACCCUUCUGACUGUGCAAAGUGGAGCCUAUGUGGAACUGGACACUUGAGUAGUGGCUAAUAACUUUGCAGUAACCAAUGGUGUCUUCGCUGUGACUAGUAAUGGAUAUUUAACAAUAAGGAGUUCAACUAUUUUUGAGAAUUCUGCUAUUAGGGCACCGAUUGGACAGAUCUUUGAUGCUGCAAAGGAGAGUGUUAUUGACAAUUGAAGAAUCUAUAACAACUCAGUCAUUUCUCCUAGUGAGUUUGUAGCAGAAACUAGUGGAGGCUGAUCCAAACUGUGAUACUUGGAUACAUCUCUGGUUGCUAAUAUUAUUGAAAACAAACUUCAUGAAAUAGAUGAGGGAUUUUAUAUCAUUGAAAUUUUAUCAGGAUCACUUCAAAUCAUCAACAAUUCAUUAAUCACCGACCAGAAUGGUGUUCUCAAUUUGUUCAUGUCUUCUCUUGUGGUUGAUAGCUCAACUCUUAAUAGAAUAAUUUUCUCAAGAUCCCCUAUGAGAAUCACUUCAUCCACACUAGAGCUGAAAAAUGCUCUUCUAACGGGUAUCACUGGGAAUUUUGAGAAAGAAAUAUUUCUAGUAAAUGAUGAAAGUACACUAAUAGUUCAAAACUUGACUUACGAGCAGUCAAGUAUGAAGUUAUUCACAGUUUUGACUGGGGAAGUAAAUAUAGAGAAAUUGACAGCAAAUAACAUCUCUAACUUUCACACCCUAAUUCACAUCUAUUCAGCACAUACAGUCAUGCUAAAUAGUCUAAUUUUUCAAAAUCUUGAGACAACAACUGACUAUGUUGUCAAGAUAGAAAGCUCAAACAAUACCUCAUUUGACACAGUGAGCCUUAAAGACUUCAAUAAAACUGUGAUUUAUCUUAGUAAAUCCAAUGCAGAAAUGAUUCAGAACAUAAAUAUUUCAAACUGCUUCAAAGCAAUGGAAUUCAUUGAAAGCACUAUCAAGCACAUGAGAGGUUCUGUGUUAAGUAAAAGUGGAGACCUAAACAAUUUAAUUACUGGAGGAGCAAUAAAAAUCAUGAACAGUAAUGUCAAGAUUACAGACACUUCUUUUAUAAAUAAUACUGCUGGAGUAGGAGGAGCCAUCGAGUUUGGAUGUCAAUCAGUAGAUCUAUGCAGUCUAAAGCUCGAGAAUGUAACUUUCAGUCACAAUGCUGCAUCUGUACAAGGAGGAGCUAUCUCUUAUAAUAUGAACAGACCAGAAAUACUGAGCUCAGUUUUUGAAAAUAACUCAGCUCAGUACGGGCCUGACCUUGCAAGCUAUCCAAUAAAAGUGAGGAUUAAAGAUCAGCCAAAUACUAAAGUUAAAUUUUCAGAUAUUGGAUCUGGAAUUUCUAUAUCCACCCCAAUUGUCUUAGCUUUACUAGACUAUGAUGGCCAAAUAGUAAAUCUCAACAAUGAAGAUCAAGUAUCUGUGCUAUCCCCAUCUGGAUCCAAUUCAUCGAUUCUUGGUGUUAGUUCUGUGACCUUGGAAGCAGGAAUUGCAACAAUUGACGGAAUCAUUUUUGUUGAUGAACCGGGGAUCCAAAACUCAACUUUCCUGCUCUCUACUGAUGCUAUUGACAGAGUUAAAGUAAGCACUGUUUUUCCAAGCGAGAACUUCAGUAAUGAAAUUACAGUAAAUUUCAGGUAUUGUCAACCUGGAGAAGAGAUCACAUCAAGUAGAACAUGAAGACAAUGAGAUGCUGGUACAUAUUCUCUACUCUGGAACUCUACUAGCUGUGAUAAGUGAAUGAACAAUGCAGAUUGUCUCGGACAGAACCAGAUUAGUGUCAACCCAGGGUACUGGAGAGCAACACAAGAGUCUACAUUUAUAGCUGAGUGCAUCUUCAAAGCUGCUUGUGAUGGAGGGUUUUCCAAUAAUACUACACAUCCAGUUCAUUGAGCAGCUGGGUAUCAAGGAGAGCUUUGUGGACAAUGCUAUGUUGAUCAAAAUGUAAAAUACAGAAAAGUGUCAAACGUUCAGUGAUCUAAGUGUCCAAGUCCGAUUCUCAAUGCAAUUUUAAUUGUGGGAGUUGGUGUUCUUGUGUUUGUGUUCGUGAUGAUGUUAAUCGUCAUUAAUAUCAACAAGACAAGAGAGAGUCAGCUUUCAGUUCUCUUGAGGAUAAUGACAAAUUAUUUGCAAUUAAUAUUCGCAUCGUUAUCUCUCUCAUCCAGUUAUCCAACAUCUAUGGUAACAUUCUUUGAAAUAACUGGUAGAUUCGGGGAUGCUUCCGGCACAUUCUUGUCAAUUGACUGUUUUGUCAGAGAUUAUGAUAUUACAGGACCUUUUGAGUCAAAUGCAGUGUUCAAAUUAUUCCUACUAAUGCUACUUCCUAUAAUAUUGUUUGCUGUUGUCGCAACCAUUUGGAUAGGAUUAUACUGUCUAAAAAGAAAGUAUGUGAAAUCCCUCCAAAGAAACUUAGUGAUCUCCUUUAUAAGUAUUGUGUUUCUGCUCCAUCCAAAGUUAACAGAGCAAAGCCUCACUCUAUUCAGGUGUGUCAAAAUAGACGAAGGAGACAGUAGAGUUAGAUUGGAUACCCAUUUUGAAUGUUAUUCUAGUAAUCAUUUACUUUGGAUUAGCACAAUAUCAGUCCCAAUUAUAGUAAUCUGGGUUAUCUCUUGACCAUUAGCUGCUUUAAUACUGCUGUAUAAAUAUCUCAAAGCUCCAUAUGAUAACAAAGUAAAGCAAUAUUUUAUGAUUUUAUACCAGGGACUUAACAGAGACAAAUUUUACUGGGAGUUUGUGAAUACAGCAAGAAAAAUUCUGAUUUUGAUAAUAUUCCCAUUUUCAACUUCAAUGAAAAUGCUUAUUGCUGUUUCUGGGCUUGUCAUAUUUGCUCGUAUUCAAAUCAGAUUGCAGCCUUAUACAGACACUGAAAACAAUAAAAUUGAAAUCUCAGCUAUUAAUGCAGGAAUCCUCACAAUUUUUAGUGGUUUAUUAUAUUCUCAAGAUGAAGGAAUAGGAUUACUAGACACAGCCACUAUGAUAUUCUGUUUAGUCUUGAAUGCUCACUUCUUCGUAAAUUGGCUCUACCUGCUUGUAAAAUCAAUGCAGGACUCAUCAAAAUUUUCCCAAUUCCUUUUCAAAUUCCUCACCUACCUCCUCUGAAGAGAAAAGGACCAGAAAAAGCCCACCAAAAACAAUAAAAACACCUCAAAACCAAAACCCCACAAAACCAAAUUCAAAAAACACAAAAGACGCAUCGGUCUCAAACGCUCCAAAAAGGCCAAAACCAGACCCAAACCCGAAACCUCCCAAAAAUACCCUCCCUCUCACCCAAACAACGACGAUGAAGUCCUCUUCUCCUCAAAGAACAUCCAACAAUACCUCCAACACACCCAAAAACAAAAAUCCAGCUCUAGGCUCAAAAUUCUCGAUAAUUACCCACCAAAAUCCCCUUGAGAGGACCCUGCAGGAAGAAAAAAACCUCUAGAGGAAGAAGAAAAUACGCCUUUUUAUAAUGAGAUUAUGGGCAUUUCUGAGAAAUCGGAACGGAAGGAAUACUCUAUUCAAAAUUACUCUGAAAGGGAAGAUGCUUUCGGAAGAGAGUUUUCAGCAAGAAUAGGCUUGUCAGAGUCAAGAGAUUAUUCAGAAAGGAAAGAUAUGCCCUCAGUUAGAACAAAUAGAAGUCUGUUCAGAAUACGUAAAGGAAUUAAAUAUACAGACUAGAAAUCUAUUAGUAAUUCUAUCGGUA